AUGUUGUUUAUUACUGGCAGUAGGAUAAGUUUUCUAGAUGCGAAUGAUGAAGUAAAUGAAGAAAAUAGCGAGAAAGCAGUCGAGGAUAAGGUGGACAGAGCCAACACGGUUCCAAGUUCAGAAGAGAAACAAGAAGGUUCGGCUUUUAUUUUAGGGCAAAUUAUUUCUCAAAAUGAAUUGGCACUAGCACAAUCAAAUACCAAAUAUGAUAUUUUCGAUGAGUUUUUAGAGCUUGGUAUAAGUAAGCCUGUCAAUAAGACAAAGGAUGAAGUAAAAAUCAAGAAAAGACGUGGUGGUGUCAGCGUAGAUACAACUAACGAAAAUAACAAAAAUGCUAAGAAACGGGGAGUUGAGAAUGACGACGUUGUACGAAAAGAAACCACCAGACGUGCCUUAAAGGAUAAAUCAAAUAAAAAAAAUGAUGGCACGAAUAAAAAAAACGAAGUUAUUGUUAGAUCUGCACUCGUAUCUGAGAAAAAUCGGGAUAAAGAUGUUUUGCGUGUCGAUUUCAAGAUUCAUGAGGACAAUAGUGAACUUGUCGUCAAUCCUGCGGUAGAACCUGGUGAGUUGCAAGAACAAGAUUAUUUAAAUGAAACGCUUAUUUCAGACUGGCGUGAUAUGAAGCCGAUUAUGACAUCAACCCCUGUAAAAACCGACGAAGAUUCGCAACCUCACACAAACAAUGCAUCUUCAGCAUCACUCGAAGAAAUCGGUAACAUCUUACCGUCGGAUGACGAUGCAGAAGAUUCACAAAAACAAGUUGAACAACCAACAAGAUCGCAUGAAUCAGAGGGCGAUUUAUCACCAGAUCCGCUUACGCUUCCAAUGCGGCCAGAAGACCAGAGAUUGCCACCGCCACCAAAAGGAGGAUACCAGAUUAUCAAAAGGAUCCUGGACAAACCAUUGACACCAACUUCAGAGGUUGAUGAAUUGUCUGCUGCAUACAAUAUUUAA